AUGUCCCCAACCACAACCCAACUCGUAAUCGCCUACCCCUCCUCCGAUCCCACCACCGGCUCCCCCCUCACCUUCAACAUGGCCUACUACACCGGGCACCACGUCGCCCUCGCCACAAAAAUCUGGGGCCCCAGCGGCCUAAAGUCAUGGUUUGUCGUGGAGUUCGCAAACCCGAAUCCCUUCUCGGGCGAGACACCGCCGUAUCUCUUCCAAUCGACGCUGACCUGGGAUGUUCCGCCGGAAGAGGUGCUCAAGGCGGUGAUGAACAGUGGAGAAGAGCUUGGGCCGGAUGUUGUGAAUUUUACGAAUGUGGAGCCGGUGCUUUGGGUUGCGAAGGCUGGGCCGAGUGGUGUGGUGGGGGAAUAA